AUGCGCGUUCUUACAGUCCCGGAACUCGUAAUUAUUCCCCUCCGCGCUUCAUCGAGCCCGUUAUCUCGCGUUUCCCCCCUUGCCGUCUAUCAUCCGCAUUUUUCAGUCCCCAGUCGUCCGCUUGACGUUCCUCUGGGCCGUUAUUUACCUUCCAUCCACACCCUUCGCGUGGCAUGCGAAGCGCGAAGGGAGGAGCGCGAAGGGCUAGAUCAGGCAGCUGAGGAUGAGGCCAGAGAAGGGUCGAAGCCUUCCGGGUCCGACAACGAGGUCGUGACGGCGGUGUCGGGCGCCAUGGCUCGGUCGUUUGGUGGGCCGCUCUGGUUCGCCGUGCUACUGUCGUCCAUCCUGGUGUUUGGCGGCGGCUACGGCUACCUGCUGUACUCCAACGCCGAUAUCGCGGGCAUCCCCAUGCUCACAGGCCCACUUGAGAAGCAACGUGUGGAAUAG